UAAAUUAUUAUUAACAACAACAAAUCUGUAAUGGUAAUUAAACUAAGCGUUUAACCAUGACUUGACCAUCGUUACUUUUCAAAGACACGGAGCAAGGUUGAUUGACAGUUCCCAUAGCAAUCAGCAGUUUGACUCCACCCCCCUGCGCCUGUGUAGCACCUGUAGCACGGCAUUAACAUCAGAUACGACAUUUAUUAUUUAAAAUGCUUAAGAUGAUCCUUCAGUACAGGCUUGAGACGUAAGAAAAAUACUUUAUUGGACCUGUACUAUAGGCUGUUAUGUCAUUCACGAAGAAAUGAGCUCAGGUCGAGCCGAAAAACUCUCCUCCGACCCCCAGAAAUACACGAAACCAUAACAUCAACAGGGAAUGAGUGGAGACGCAAGUCCCCAGCGCGCGUGUGAUGGGGCGCGCGCGGGAGACGCAGAGGACGCGCACGCCCCCAGCACAUCGUCAUCUGUGUUGUGGGAGAGACGCAUCGAGCAGAGUAUUUUUGUGGAUAUCAGUGAUGAUGAAAGCCUGAAUUUCAGUGAUGUACAGGGCGCCUUCACUGUGCACCUGUCACAGGGGUCUGAUGCACCGGAGAGCCCAAAAUUCACAGAUAACACAGAGCUAUCAGGUGAGACUGAAGAGAGCUCCACAGAAAGUGCUGAAUCCAUCAGCAAUGAGCGUUCGGAGCACAAAAACACCAGGAAUAAAUCCACAAACCCUUCAAUACAGACACAGAGAACUGCAAUAAAGCCGAUCAGUCGAAAACAUGAAGAUGAUGCUAUCAACACCAGUGAUGAAGAGCAUGAGGAGCUCCCAUACGAUGGUGCACACACCAACCACAAAACCAAAUCAAAAUCAUAUAAUCUUUGUGAAAGCGGUGCUGUGAUGCCCAUUCAGGAUUUAAUUGUUGGAGACACCUUUCAAUCUGUUCUUGCUUCCGAUCAAAAAGCAACGCAGGACGUGGCUCCUCCCUCAGCCAAGCCCAUCCAAGCUGCGACCCACAUCACUGAUUUUCUUCUCAGACACUUUUCUCGGGAGGAACUGCUGAACCCAUGCAAGAUGAUCGAUGCUGAGACCCUACCAGAGAUCUCUCUGAUGGACAGCAUUGAUGAAAGCGUGCUGAAUCGAGUUUCUAAUGCUCCACAAGUCAGCUCAGAUGAGAGGGAAAAGAUUCAAAAUAAAUCUGAGGAACCUGAUUUCUCAACUGCUGAGGGUCAUGGCUUGUUUGAAGAUUUAGGAAAAGGUACGCAAGAAGCAGCAAGCAACUGCAGUGAUGCAAACAUGUGCAUCGAUGAUGCAGAUACCAGUCGAUGCUCUGUGGAUGAUGAAGAGGAAGAUGAAGAUAAUCAUCCUAAACAGAGCUGCAACUCUCUAGAUCUGUCUAAAGCAGAUCCUAAGCUUACCUUCAGCAGGACCAGGUCCUUCAGUGAAAUGAAAUAUGGACAGGGACAGGUGCAUUACCCUCUCCCUGACUUCUCUAAAGUGGCACCUAAAGUUAAAAUACCCAAAGGUAAUGGAUCUGUCAAACCCAUCGGACAGUUACCAACUAUACCUCGAGUUCAGUCUUCACCGGGAAUUCUGGGUAAAAGCCCCUCCUCGUGUACAGCCACAGCUGAUGUCAUCAGUAGGGUUUUAGAGGACUCUCUUUACUUCUCAGAUAAGGACGAACAAGCCGGAUUAGCACAUCAGUUACAGGCUGAGUAUGACAGGUUAAUCGCUAAAUACACUGAAACUGAGAAUCUUAUUGGGCAGCAGAUCCAUGCCUCCAGUGAGCCUUCUGUGUCUAUCAACUGGAAUGAGACCAUCUGCAAUAAUGACAACACCAAACUGACAGCGAAGACCCCACAGGCACCAACUGCAGGUUCAGGUGUGGAGCAGCGCAGUCUCGUGCAGAACUCUUCACCUGCGCAGACAGACGCAAAGAUACUGUCAGACGGGGAUAGACUGACCUCUGAACUCAAAGACAUCAUCAACUCAUUUACACAGAAGGUGGAUGAAUUCAAAACAUGUGUCCAAACCAUGACAAUGAAUGUGGAAGAACAACAGAUGGUGCUGAAGAGCAUGAUGGAGGCUCAGGAUCAGCUGGAGAGGAAUUACCUCACAAAACGUGAGGAGCAUCGUGCUCUUGAGAUGCAAAACUACAUGGGGAUAUCCAGAAACACAGGAGAGUUUGACCCUGACAGGGAGGUGGAAGGACAGAUUUUCAGGAUAGGCAUGCACCUGGAGGACAUUAAAGAGCAGAUCGACAGAAAUGUCUGCCAUCUUUUCUAUCCUCCGUCAUCAUCAUCCUCCACUCCUUCUCAUCCACCUUGUAAUGAUAUUUCUCCCUCAUCACUCCAUCAGUCAUUGCACGAGGAAUCGCUCUUCAGCAUCUCUACAGUCAGACAAAACAUGAUAGAGAAUGAUGAAGAUGAGGAGGAAGAAGAUCACAACUUUAUUCUACUACAGUGUCGUACCUUCUCCACUGGAUAUGAAGAAGACAACCUGACGGCGACGCAGGAGGAAGAUUACAAUGAAGACUUUCUGACACAAACGUAUACCACUGCUUCAUUACAGCAAGCGCUGACACACGGCAGACGUGAGGAGAUCAGAAGAUCAGAUGAAGACUUGCCGGAUGUAGGAACUGAUAUUAUAGGACCUUCUGUUGAGAACCCAACCACAGACCAAACACAGAGUUUUUGGAGUCCAGGAGCUGACAGCGGUUUUGGCAGUUCUGAUGCGAGUCGGCCAAACACAGGACUUUCUCAGACAGCCGCUAAUGCUUUAAGUUCUGCGCAGUCUGAUGAUGUCAUCAGCACAGCAAAUAUAAGCGAUUCAGACAGCGAAAUGUCUCAUUCAAACGUACAAACGACUAUAUCUGUAACAACACGACCACCACAGUCCACUGUGAACAAUGAGCAAUAUGAACAGCUGGACACAACAAGCAACUACAUUAGCCAGAAUGCACCACUAAAAGGUCCAAAGGUAGAAGCCGCAUCAGAAGGUGCUGCCAUUUCCAUUGCUGAGCAGAUGACUGAAAGAAGAAGAGACAUUUAUAAUGGAAAGCAUCACACUUCACAUGACUCACAGAGACCAGACCGAGACACAAACUCACCAUCACACUGUUCCUGUCACAAUAGUGAAGUUAUUCUUGCGCUGCAGUAUGAGGUUUCACACCUCAAGAGGGCACUAGAGGAGAGUUUAAGUCAUCUACCUCAUAUGAGCAGACGGCUGGAUUACCCCAACAGCAGAUCUCAUUCAGAAAGAAAGCACAGAGGUCAGAACAGAACCGGCUCCAGCAGACGUGUGAAGACAGACUCAAGCCAUCAGAGAACUGAGGACUGGAUCUCUUCUGAUACAGAGUCCAACAAGAGAAAAGUUACAGACGGUAAAGAUUCAGAUCACACAUUGAGCUUCCAGAGAGGCUUGAGUCCAUCGCUUGAACCAACACACGGCCACUUCAGCGCUCUCUCUGACAGAAGAUCAUGUAGAUCUUCAUCCAAGGCGUCAGUGGACACAUCUCAGCUCACGUCUGGUAACCAUCAGAGAACCAGUAAUGGGCCGACCAUUCACAAUACCACUGCUGACACAAGACCAACAUAUAGUAGCGCCAUCUACAGGCCAGCAAUGGGAAAUCUCUUUAUUAACAGCAAAAAACUUGUCACGUCUCUUCCUGCUAAUCCUUCCCAUAAACCUCUGCUGCAGGUCAACUAUGGAUCUUCUUAUAGUCUACCUGCUGGGUUUAAAGUACGAGAUCGGGAGUCAGUACCGCCUGUGUCCAGUAGGAGACGCUCUACUCAAUCUGACUCUGCACUGCUUCCCAGUAAUGUCUUUUUUCAGCAGACAUCACAGCGGACCGGUGCAAGACGACGCUACACAAGCAGGGAGGAAUCAAUACAUAAGACUUUGGACAAAGCCUUACAGGCGGCCUUUCUGAUGAAACAGACCACAGAGAAGAUGGCCGACGCGCUCUCGGCUGAUCUGGCCAAAGCUCAGCUCCAGAGGAAGAUACAUAACCGACAUCCCAUAAACAACAGGACAGCCAGAUGUAGCUUACUCUCUCUGAGCACUUCUCAAGCACAUUAAAAGGUCUUCUCUACUACAA